CUAGAACAAAAGUCUCAGCUUCGACUGGAAGGGAAUAAGCAGUGGGUGAUAGAGAAUUCACAGAGGGAAAUAAGAAAUCAAAAGAAAAAUACAGGAGUAAGAGACGAGAGGAUUAGCACAAGAACAAAAGAUACAGGAUGACUGAUGUCCAGUCAAGCUGUGAACCCCCAUCCGUUCCUGAUCUUCAGCUCAUGCUCUGGUGUAAUCGAGUGCCCAGGAGACAUUUUAAUGAAGUGUGGCCAGAUCUGUACAUCGGAGAUGCAUAUGCAGCCCGGGAUAAAGCAACACUUCACCAGUUGGGGAUCACACAUGUCCUAAACGCUGCAUCUGGUAAGAAGCGAAUCAAUACUGGGCCGGAGUUCUACAAGGACAUCAACAUUGAUUUCUUUGGAGUGGAGGCCAGCGAUGACCCCAGUUUUGACAUGAGCCGUUAUUUCCACCCUGCCGCACAGUUUAUCAGAGCUGGUCUGGAAUCCAAUAAAGGUAAGGUGCUGGUGCACUGUGGCUUGGGCAUCAGCCGAGCCUCCUCACUUGUCGUGGCGUUCCUUAUGAUCUGUGAAGGUCUGUCUCUGAUGGAUGCUCUACAAAAAGUCAGUGAACAUCGCUACAUCUCCCCCAAUCGUGGGUUUCUGGAACAGCUCCGCCAAUUAGAUAUAGAGCUGGGACUCAGCAGAAAAAGCAAAAGGGAGUUUUGCAAAGUCUGAUCCUACAUGGCCACUAAUUUAUUUAUGUAAACUGUUUUUUCCCCUACAAAACCUUUUAUGGUUUCUGAGGCAUUUUGUAAGACCAUAUAUACGUUUUCUGCAAGCAUCUUCCACUGCAAAAUGAUCUUUGUUAUUUUUACCAUUUGCUGCAAAAUUGCAUUUUUGCACUUAUCUGUGCUUUUAAACAUUGUCGAAAAAUAUUUGUGCAAAUAUUUCCAGCUGACAGAUAUAAAUGGGGUUAAAUCAUU